AUGCCUCAAUGGCGAGUCACAGCCUUCAUCGGCGAAAACAUAAUUGUCUUUGAGACCCGGUACGAGGGACUUUGGAUGAACUGCUUCCGUCAGGCCGACAUCCGAAUGCAGUGCAAAGUGUACGACUCACUGCUGGCUCUUCCGCCCGAUCUCCAAGCAGCUAGAGGCUUGAUGUGUUGUGCCUUAGCCUUGGGCGGCCUCGGGUUGCUGAUCAGCUUGGUGGGACUCCAAUGUACCUCAUGUAUCCAAAACAACGACCGUGCCAAGCGAAUGGUCCUCAUCACAGCUGGAAGUAUGAUCAUCUGCGCUUGCAUUUGCGUUCUCAUACCAGUGUCCUGGACCGGCCACGUCAUCAUACGAGACUUCUACAACCCUUUGCUCAUCGAUGCCCAACGGAGGGAGCUCGGCGAGGCGCUGUACAUUGGUUGGGUUUCGUCAGCCUUUCUUUUCGCAGGCGGUUGCAUGUUUGCCUGUUGCAACAUUGGGUCGGAAAAGGAGGGUUCGGAGAGGUAUUUGUACUCUAGGAAUUCAGAUUACAUUGCAUACCCGCCACAGCAGUUGCAGCCUCAGCAGCUGGUUUACAUCCCACAGCCGCAGCCGCUUCAACCACGUACCCAGCCAAUGCUUUCCAGGCACCCGUCCGCGACCUACAGCCACUACAGCCUGCAGAGCCAGCCCCAGCCUUCCCGGUAUCCCUCGGUAAGGAGCGCGGUGGCCUACUUAUAG